AAGCACUAUCUCCAUCACUUCAUGUACUCAAAGUGGCGCAAAAGCUCUAGAGGACAUCGCUGAACUGAUAUCCACCCAUCUUGCAUCUGUGCCACUGCAUUUUUGACGAGACUAAGUCAUGACAGAGGCCGUUGAGGCGUCUAAUUGUGCUUAUCCUCCAACUCUUCGCAGGUUUUCCUAGCAGUGGAAUUAUACUCAAACAUGGAUGUCUUGGCUGUGCGACCCAAUCAAGACCACAACUUUUACCUCCCAAGAAAACGCAACCGGUACUUCACACCCAUCUUUCUUAUCAACACCUCAAUCACGCUUCCUUUGUGUGCUCAAGUUCGUAUUCUUGUAGUCAAACAUUCAGCAAGAUUACCUCGAUCAUCAGCUUUCUUUUUCCAUAUCACUGGAACAACCCAUGGUAUCCUACAUCAUGCCAAGAAGAUUCAAAGGGAAAAAACUACCACACAAAUCGAACCCUCAAGUAUGGAAAGACCUCGACGCGGGCUUGCCCGGUACCAGGCAGACCAUGAUGAUAUUCUCACGCAAAAUAUUCCCAACAUCACCAGCAUCUCCCGAACCAAUAGUGAUGGCGAAUUCUGUUUCACUUACAGUCAUCCCAAGUUGACUUCGGCGUCAGUUCUGGAGGUUUGUGUUAUUCCUCAAGAGCGUUCGGGUUAUCCGAGUGAGCACUUUUUUCUAGUCUUCGCGACCAGCGAGGUACCGCCAGCUGUCGCAAAGAUGUUGGAAAAUUUCGGCCCUGCAUCUAGCGGGCAAAAGCUGCGUGAUGCGCUUCUUACCUUGUCAGCGGAAAUUACGUCUUCCAUUGAGUGCAACUCCACAGAGAAUGCUCACGACGAAGAUGCUCCCGAUACACCCAUGACAGAUGUGGAAGACGAAGAGUUGGAAUGCGAUGAGGACGAUGGAGACUUCGAAGAUUUCGAGUAUGACAACUAUGACGAUGACAUCGAUGGCAUAUUCGGUCUCAGCAACGAUGGCACUACGGAUACUCAAAGAGUUUCAGGCGAAACAAUAACAGCAGAUACAGUCGAGCGUACUUGGAGAGACUUCCGCGCUGUGCGCCAAGCUGGAUUUAAGAUCAGCAAGAUAUACGGAUUCGAUAAGCCCGUCCUAUAUCACGUCGUCUCGGUAUCAGUGCGUGUCAAUAAGCUCUGCUUAUCGGAAGAGACUCGAGACGCUUGGAAUCUUAAGGCAAACGAUUACAUCGUUCUUCUGAUACGGUAUACUGGGCAAUACUUGACCUUCGAUCAAGCACUAGACAGAGCUGCGGCGUCUACCAACAUUGAUUUUCGUUUGCGAAAGUGUGUGAAGUACAAGCCAACUAUAGAGCAAGCAACCAAAGUGUUCUCCGCCUCCAGCACCAACCCAAAAUUUUCCGCCACCCCGCCUAGUCUGCUCAAUGAUCAGACUGGUGAUGAUGAUGAUGAUGAUGCAGGGCUUGCUUUACUUGGCAUCGGCGAGUCGAUUGACAAUCUCAUGAAGAAUGACUUUAUCCGCAUGCUCAAGCUAAGAUGCACCAAGGAAGCAACAACAUGGGAUGCUGCUAAGCGACGGCUUAUGGCUUGGGAUAAGAUGCUGCCUAGUCAACGACAGACUAGUGUCGACAUCGACUCAAUAGGGUCGUGUGUUGACGAUGAUAAGAGCGACGAUAUUGCCAAACUGCCAGGGUUUAUUGCAAAAGAACAUCUCUUAUCCGACGGCGAAAUCUCCUUACCUCUCAUUGCUGCACAACUUGCUAUGCGGUACUACAUCAGGUGCACAGACUAUUGUAUGGUCUGCCACCAACAGGUUGAUGCCAAUUUCGAGGCUCUCAAACCUUAUGUCUGCGCUAAUUCUCUAUGCCUUUUUCAGUACAUGAGCAUGGGAUUUGGACCUAGUAUCGACCUCGAAGUUUUGAAUCAGCCCAAUGUGGUUGAUCUACUGGUAAGUUUUUGUUAUGCUGGCCUGCAAAGGGUCGGCUAUGGUGGUGCUGUCACCGGGCUUCGAGAGUAUCCUAUAGGACUCGAUCUCAAAGUUCCUAAAAUCUUCCCUCAAAAUUUUGUCAACAGUGCCGGAUCGGUAUCUUCGACCCCGAGCACGGAGGGAAUUCAGGAGGUAAUCAUAAAAGGAGCAAAGCUUGUGGACCCUCUACAUGGCAGCUUCGACCGGGCUAAAUCAUCUUUUAUCCUUGAUUCUCGGCCGUCCCUUUUCAAGGUCAAGGAAGGAAGCUGGGUUGUCGUGGUUUUACCGGCGCCCAAGGACAACCAUACCGCACAAGACAUCUUGUAUCACUGUCGCGUGGAGUGCAUCAUCGGAAUUGUAUUGUCACUGCACAUCGCAUCAGCACAUACACUUCCUGUAACGUCAACAACUGAUGCUCCUUUCUCACUGCCGGGCACAGAGUCCAGUUUGGAAGCGUACCUGCUUCCCUACGAUCACAGCUUGGAUAAUGUUGACGAUGCUACAAAAGCAUUGGCCAUGACCAUACUUCUCGCAGCGACUCCUUCGAUAGGUUCUAUGCGAGAGUAUCUGAAAGCAUCGCCAAAUCGACAGUUGGACAGUUGGAACCGCCUGGUUCCUUCGGCUUCAAAGCUACUGCGAUGGGUGGUUGCCUCCAAUCGGUCAUAUAUCGUCCAAGUCGAUGAGUUGGCAUCUACAGACAGUGCAGUAGCCGACGUGUCAUUAGCAAGACACCAUGAGAGAAUAUCUGGAGUUGAUGGCUGGGUUCAAUUUCGAUUUGCCCAAGGGUCUCCUGAGAAAGAGAUACAGUUCCAAGAGGAACUGAAAAUGGUCCAGAAGCCUCAGAAGACGAUCCUUGCCUGGCAUGGAAGCCAUAUCAGUAACUGGCACAGCAUAAUUCGAGUGGGGCUUGACUUUAAAAUCAUUGCGAAUGGCCGGUCUUUUGGAGAUGGCGUCUAUUUUGCUCGAGACUUCAACACAAGUCUAGGCUACAUUGGAAACAGAUACCCAACUAGUCAGGGCGGCUCGACCUCGCCAUCGUGGCCAAACUCCGCUCUCAAGAUCAAUAGUGCGAUGAGUCUGAGCGAGAUCGUCAACAGACCAGAAGAGUUUGUGAACCAUGCAAGAACAGAAUGGUGUUACGUGGUCGACAAAGUACACUGGAUUCAAUGCCGAUAUCUUUUUGUCAGGCCCGGAAACCCCUCUCUAUUAGCAUCUCAUGCACCUCCGACAUGCGAGCAGGCUGAGUUUGUACAGCCCUCUGGUUACGUGGCAACCGGACCAGGUAGUAAGAAGAUAUCUGUUCCAAAAGCAGCAAUUCCUUCUGCCAACGAAAGCAACUCCAAGAAGACUUCAGUGGCUUUGAGGAAACACGCAAAGGGUCACGUUGGAGACAGCGAUGGUGAGGAGGCUGAAGACUUCGCCUUCGCUUGGAACAAGCAACAGUACAUCCUUCAAACCGGCGAGACGGACUUUCGUCCCGGCUUGUUGGACCUUUCAACGCUACCGCGACUCUUACCACCAUCAUAUGCCACAAGUCACGGCCAAAAAACAAUCGCUCGGGAGAUCAAGAAGCUGCAAAAUGUGCAAUCAGCAACACCCAUGCAUGAGCUUGGAUGGUACAUUGAUUUCAACAACAUCACCAACAUGUUUCAGUGGAUAGUGGAGCUUCAUUCUUUCGAUCCAAAGUUGCCCUUGGCUCAAGACAUGAAAAAGGCAGGCGUUUCUAGUAUUGUCCUAGAGGUUCGCUUCGGCCGCGACUUCCCAUUGUCUCCACCCUUUCUGCGUGUUAUUCGUCCGCGGUUCCUUCCGUUUGGCAGCGGCGGUGGUGGGCACGUCACUCUUGGCGGCGCUAUGUGUAUGGAGCUAUUAACAAACACUGGCUGGUCCCCGGCAAGCAGCCUAGAGAGUGUGCUCCUACAGGUUCGGAUGGCUCUUACGAGCGUUGACCCCCACCCAGCUCAGCUCGAAUCCAAGCAUAGUCCAACAAGGGACUACGGCAUUUUGGAGGCGUAUGAAGCGUUCAUACGAGCAACACAGGCCCAUGGUUGGCAAGUUCCCGAGGAUCUGCAGGAAGCCAUCACUGCCAUGACGGCAGGUGCUCCAGAAGGCCACCAUGGAAACGGCGUUCAGACACCAAUGGUCCAUCAGGAUGAUUUAACUGCAUCACACCAGGGAAGGGUGUAGAAGACAAUUAUGCUUUUGCUUCGCAGCAUGAGAACAAGCUAUUAUACAUGGAUAAUUGCUGGCGUAUAAAUCAAUAGACUGCGAGAUCGAGUUCUAAUUUCUUGUCCGCUCAUGCAAGUGAUUUGAGGUUGUUUGGCUAAUAUCACUUGGUAUUCUGAUACCAGUCCACCUGGAAAUGGCCUGGUAGCCCACGUCAUACAAGGGUCUUUACCUUGGGGGCUGACAUGUCGUAGCACCUUGUUCGCACGUCGUACUCAAAUGCUUUGACACGAAUGCUGUACUUGGGAUUUCAUUAAAAUCCGCUCCGACCAGGUCUGGAGGAGGUAGAUGGAGCCGCAACGGACGACUACAAGCUUCGGGUAGGAACCGGCCGAGGUGGUGUGCGUCUUGCCAACAGGAACACCUAGAGCGCUUGAGGCUCUACAUAUGCCGGAAGGCUUGAUAACAUACAAUACAUAUUACAAGCCAUUGAUGUUGUGUUUGUG